UCCUCGCAAAAAAACGGAAGAUGAACAUGGAAGACACGCGUGAAGUCAAGUCUGGACCUGAUGCCUCUGCACAGGCCACCCAACCAUGGACGUUUUCCAAAUCAUCUUUGUUUAGAAAGCUCAGACAACACUUAACCAGUACCCGAUCGAGACCCACCAUGGCGUCGUCGAGCUCCAGCGGACUCGAGGUUCUCCUCAGCACGUUGCAGAACGCUGGGGAUAUCGAGAGUAUGCUAAACAUCAUCAACGUCCUGGAUGAACUAUUGUCAGCAGGCACAGACAGACGGAUUCAUCAUAUGAUAUCGAAAGGAGGCAGUGAGGCUCUGCUGACGGCUCUGGUGAACUCAGCCCAAAGCUUCACACCCAACUACACCGUCCUGCUGCCGCUACUGCACCUGCUGGCCAAGGUGGGCCACCGAGAUCGUCAAAUUGGUCUGAAAGCACAGAAGGCAGAUGCCGUUUUGGUGGUUCUGGGUUUGUUAAGACAGAAUGCAAAAAGUGCCCGGAGAGCCGCAGCCUGUCUUUGGGUCCUCAAAGUCUUCUGCGCUUCUGUGACCACUGCCGACUUGCUGGGGAAGAACCGAGGGCUGGAUGUGGUCUUCAAGCUUAUAUCUCCACACACCACUAAACACUUACGCACCGUCAAGGCGGCCACCGAUGCUUUUGCUGCAAUGUUAUGCUCAAAGGUCAACUGUCGGACUGCCUUCGCAAAAGGCUACAUCGCAGAUCUCCUGAAGGUGUACGAAGACUGGCACAACAACGACGCCAACCUUAAAAACAUUCCUAUCCGUAGAGCCCUACUGCAUUGCCUGCACCGUGCCGCCAACUCAGAUGUGGGCAGACACGCCAUGGUCGCCGAAGGUGGCAUUAGUCUUCUCUUCCAGACCACUCAGACCUGCUUGACCAUGAAAGGUCUUGAAUCUCUGGUGGAACCAGCGAUCCAGCUGAUGAGGAAGUGCAAUCCCAAAGUCCCUCUUCCACUGACCUCAGAUAAGAGUGCCUACAGCUUUCCUCUUCCUGGGAGGCCUGUCGAUGACUGGGAUGCUGAUUUAGGACUUUACGAUGGCAGUUUAGAAGAUGACAGUGACGAAGACACGGAGAACGAGGAGCCAGACAACAGGGACUACGAAGAUGACCUGGAAACAGAUGUGAACAAGCUGUGUCCCCGACCAGAGCCUGACAGACCCCUGGAGCAGCUGGGCCAAUAUGUGCGCCUCUGCCCUGAGCUGCACCAUGACUUCCAGGAUUUGGACUCCAGCUCAGAAGUCGAUGAAAGCUCAGAUGAUGACAGGGACUUGGACAACAAGACGGCAAGUGACCAGGGAGACUCCCCGUCGCUCUCCGACCAAGAAGAAAAUCACCUCCAGACGAGAGACUUCCAUAAACAUUACCUUAGCUGCUCCAGGAAAGGCCAGGAAGGCCACUCCAGCAUGGUGGACAGGCUUCUGGAGAAGUACGGUACUUGCAUUCCCAACCAUAAUCCACGUCUCUACGCCGCCACUGCAGCCAGUACCAAGUCUGUUGCUGGAUACUCCAUCCUAGCCUUCCCUGACUUCUGGGGACACCUGCCUCCUCAAGAGCAAGAGCCCAUGGCUAAAAGACCACCACAUGUGCAGAGGAGGAAAGUUUUUGAAGACAUUCAGCGUCUCAUCUGUCCAGAGGACGUCAUCAACAAGGUUGUUUUUGACAUGGACGAUCCCAGUCCACAGUGUUCCACUGAUAUGUGUCCCAGUUCCCUUCGAUUUUUCUCCAAAUUUGAGAGUGGGAACCUGCGAAAAGUCAUUCAAGUCCGCAGUCAUGAAUAUGAUUUGAUUCUCAAUGCUGAUGUCAACUCCUCUGCACACUCUCAGUGGUUCUAUUUUGAAGUCAGUGGCAUGGUGGCCGGCGUGCCUUAUCGUUUCAACAUCAUCAAUUGUGAGAAAGGAAACAGCCAGUAUAACUACGGCAUGCAGCCUGUGCUGUAUUCUGUGAGAGAGGCUCUGGAGGGAAGACCACACUGGGUGCGAUCAGGCUCUGAAAUCUGCUAUUACAGAAAUCAUUUCUGCCCUAGGAGAGGUCAAAAAUGUUCUUUCUACACGCUGACCUUCACUGUGACCUUUCGCCAUGAUGAUGAUGUGUGCUACUUGGCUUACCACUACCCUUACACGUACACCACCCUUCAGACCCAUUUGAAGAUGUUGGAGAAGUCAGUCGACCCACAGAAAGUUUUCUUCAGGCAACAAAACCUCUGUGACACGCUGGCGGGGAACUCCUGCUCCUUAGUCACGAUCACUGCCUGUCCCACUUCCAGAGCCUGGAAACAUCUGCACCAGCUGCGUAACCGGCCAUGUGUGGUGCUGACAGCAAGAGUUCAUCCAGGCGAGAGCAAUGCCAGCUGGGUACUGAAGGGCACGCUGGAGUUCCUGUGUAGCAGUGAUCCUGUGGCCGAGAGCUUGAGAGAGGCCUACAUCUUCAAAAUCAUCCCCAUGCUCAACCCUGACGGGGUCAUUAAUGGCAAUAAUCGCUGUUCUCUCACCGCUGAGGAUCUCAACAGACAGUGGCUGAAGCCGGACCCUAAUUUGAGCCCCACAAUUUACCACACCAAAGGCUUCCUCUAUUACCUCAACAGCAUAGGCAGGACUCCGCUGGUGUUUUGCGAUUACCACGGUCACUCCAGGAAGAAGAAUGUGUUUCUGUACGGCUGCAGUAUGAAGGAAACCCUGUGGCAGUCUGGAUCUCCCAUUAACACGGCCUCCCUAAAAGAAGACCCGGGAUACAGGACCAUCGCAAAAACUCUGGACAGAAUUGCACCUGCGUUCUCCUUCAACAACUGCAACUAUCUGGUGGAGAAGUCUCGGGCGUCCACAGCGCGGGUGGUCGUUUGGAGGGAGAUCGGUGUUCUCCGAAGCUACACCAUGGAAAGCACUUACAACGGCUGUAAUCAGGGCAUCUACAAGGGCUUGCAGACAGGGACGCGGGAGCUGGAGGAGAUGGGAAUGAAGUUCAGCCAGAGUCUUCUCACCCUCAGGAGGAACUCCAUCCAUUAUAACAGCCGUCUGAUCCACCAGGCGCCUGCCCUGCUGGACCUGGACGACAGGCUGCUCGACCACAAAUCCAAUACUUGUUUCGAGGACGACGAGCCGCCCUGCACAGAGGAGAUCGAGUAUUCGUCCUGCAGUGACCCGUUUGGUGCCAACGAACUGGACAUGGAGGUGAACGGCAACACGUCCAGUGCGGAAGAGGAUGAAGAUGAGGAAGUGUGUAGGAACGGGAGGCGGCGGAACCACCUUGUUCCUCACUACCUACAGCAGGACGCCCUGGAGACUCUAACCAUCAAGAGCGGACAGUGUAACGCCAUUGACAUCAGUAACGGCUACUUGUGUUAGGCUUCUUUUGUUUGCCUUUUCUGUUUAUAUUUUAUAUCAGCUGAGCAGAAGGGGGAAACGGAAAUAUUCAGCAUUUAGUCUUGAGUCGAAGAAAUUAAAUAAGACGUCCACACCUGCAAAACAUUUGCAAAACACCCCACGGAUGAGAUUCCACCUGUGUUCCCUGAUAUAAACUAUAUGAAUAUGUAUUUCUCACAUAAAACAGCACUUGAAGAAUAAUUCCCUGAUGCAUAAUCAUGAUGGCGUGAUGAGCUCAUUGGGUGUUUCGGCCCUUUGGUGUUUGCGGUGAAUCAUUUGCAGGUGUUGUGGGUUUGUUUACGAUUGCUCUUACUUUAAAUAGAAGCCGGUAGCUUGCUCACUAAAGUACUCUGCCAUAUAACAGCUCUUCCACUGAAACGCAUUAGUAAACACUUGACAUUGUAAGAUAGCACUGCAUAUAAAGUUUACCUUUAAUAAUGUGUAUUUAUUAUCAUAGAUUUUGAAGAUCAGUAAUCAUGUAUGUUUUUAUGGUUUUAGUUUUUAGUAUCAAAGUGAUACUUGAUCGUUCAUAAUAUAUAUAUAUAUAUAUAUAUAUAUAUAUAUAUAUAUAUGAGCUGUCCUUGCUCUAGUGCCUACAUAUACUGUAGUAACAUGUUGCUUGGUUAAUGUGCGAUUUUCUAAGCAUAACAAUAUUAAUACGCACAAAUACUUAUAAAUACGUAUAAAAUGUAUAGACAGAGAGAGAUACUGUAUUACUUUUUCUUUUAUAUAUAUAUAUAUAUUUAUGUAUAAACAUGGAUACAUGGAUAUAUAAGUAAAAAUGAAAAGAAUAAAGUGUUUACGAAACAUUUCUGCAGUGACAUAUUAUGACUGUUAUUAAGUGAACAAAACUCAUACUGUUAAUCAUUGUUUAUGAGUCAUAUUCUGAGCACUGAAACAAUAUA